AUCCUUCCAGCUUAUGUAUCCUGAUCCUAUCCAUCCUUUCAGCUUAUGUAUCCUGAUCCUAUCCAUCCUUCCAGCUUAUGUAUCCUGAUUCUAUCCAUCCUACCAGCUUAUGUAUCCUGAUCCUAUCCAUCCUUUCAGCUUAUGUAUCCAGAUCCUAUUCAUCCUACCAGCUUAUGUAUCCUGAUCCUAUUCAUCCUACCAGCUUAUGUAUCCUGAUUCAUCCUUCCAGAAAAUUAUCCAAUAUCCCUUUUUUACAACCUGAAUGAGAACUCCUAUUAAUACUUACUAUUAUCUACCAAAUUGCAGUCUUUAUAUUUACGUUGUGCAAUGUACAAUGUACAUACAUAAUACAUAUAGUCUAAUAUUAUUGAUUUGUAUUGCUUAAUUGUUAUCUUUAAACCAAAUCAAAACGGCAGCUGUGAUUGGGUUAUAAUUGUUAGAUUCUAUUCCAGAGUGAAUUGAAAAUAGAAAUGGCUGGGAUGGAAGGGUUAAUGGGUGGGCGUGGUGAACCCAACUAUAGGGUUAAGACCGACGCUCUCUACAUAGAUGGGGAUCCCCGACGUCCUGCAGUAGGUGGUAAGCGGGGCAAGGUUGGAUAUCAGCAGGAGGUUUCUGAGAACUCUUCAGGAGAAUCGGACAGAUAUGCAGGAUUUGGAAUUGGAAUCACGGGGCUAAUUGCUGAAAAUCUUAUUUGUCAUCCGUUCAUCAUACUUAGACGUCAAUGCCAGGUGAAUGUGGAUUCUGGAAGAUAUCACACAACUCCCUUCACCCUCCUCCCAGUUAUUGUAAAUCUAAACAGAUGGCAGGGUACAUCAGCACUCUUUAAAGGCGUUGGAAGUAGUCUGACUAUAAAAGGAUUAAAUCUUGGUAUAGAGGAUUGUGUCAGUAAGUUCACUCCUUGGCCUAAAGAGAUAAACAAACACAGUUCUUUAAAUAUGAUUGGACAACAUUUACUACUCAAGUGUGUGAGUACUGCCAUAAUAACUCCAUUCUACUCUGCUAGCUUGGUGGAGACAGUACAGUCAGAUAUUGCAAGCGAGAAACCAGGUGUGCUUGAUGUUUUUAGAGAAGGAAUAGUUCGUCUUAUUAGUUGGUCUGACCCUAGAUGUGGAAGAAUGCUGCCCGUUUGGGUUCUUAUUCCACCUCAGGUUAUCCACAACGUACUGCACUACAUAAUCAAAACAAUAAUGGAACGGGUUUGGCUCCAGGUUAUGAAGGCGUCACACAAGGAGUUUCAGCGGCUGAAGGGAGCUGUGUCACGUGACCCUGAUCAGAAUUUACCUGGAAUAACCCAAUAUCAGAAUCAAGCCGCAGGGUUGGCGGGUCAACUUGUCGCAGACGUUAUUCUUUUCCCUUUAGAAACUGUUCUGCACCGAUUACACCUGCAGGGAACUAGGAGUAUUAUUGAUAACCUAGAUUCAGGAAAGGAAGUUAUCCCUAUCCUGACCCGGUAUGAAGGUGUUGGGGACUGUUUCUCCACUAUUCUACGGGAGGAGGGUGUACGGGGACUAUUCAAAGGGUUCGGGGCUCUCAUCCUCCAAUACUCAGUUCAUUUUCUCAUCAUCAAGUUUAGCAGUAAAAUCAUCAGUCAGAUUGUUCAGGUGUUUCCGACCUCAACUCUUGGAUUGACAGAGGCCAAACCACCUCUUAGGGAUCAUGAAUUGGCAUCUCUCCCAAAGGAUUCUGGAUUACGGGAUCUGUCUUCCCCUGGAUUACGGGAUCUAUCUACCCCUGGAUUACGGGAUCUAUCUACCCCUGGAUUACGGGAUCUAUCUACCCCUGGAUUACGGGAUCUAUCUACCCCUGGAUUAAGGGAUCUAUCUACCCCUGGAUUAAGGGAUCUAUCUACCCCUUUAUCUCGAGGUAUCCCAGGUUUACCAAGUCUACGAGAAGAUAUUCCGGAUCAAGAGGUUUACAGUUCCAGGACUAGCCUUGCAGAUUACUCGGGUUCCAGCUCUCCCAGACGUAACAUUGAUAGUUUAGAUUACACAGGAACUUCCCGAAAGAGUUGGCGAUCAAUGGAAAAUCUUUAAUUUAGUCAUAAAUAUUAUUUUAAUUAGUCUUGUUUUGCUUUUUGUUCUAUUAAACUUUAAAAUCAA